AUGCUCACGGGAGAAAACAGAGAAAGAGUGAAAGGCGUAUUCAACGCGCUUUCAUCGGUUGUGGACGAAACCCUGCAUAUGGGCGCCCUGCAGGUCCUUACCACAGAGACGCACUGCAUAACUGCCCGAGAGAUUCUUUCCGAGGAGGCCUUCCCCGGGGAGAGGCACGCACUUUCUGGGGCAGGGAAAGAAGAUGCUAAAUAA